CCAGCAUGUGUGUUCAGCAAACACAACCCAUGACGAGGAAUUAGCGUCACUCGCUCCAUGAGAGCGGACCACAGGCAGGGCAGAACACUGCCUCCAGUCCAGGAUCAGCCAUGGACAUGGUAAAGGUCAAUUCCAUGGACUUCGAUGAAUUUGUGGAUGUGUUUGGGAACAUUGUUGAGAAAUGUCCUCUGAUUGCAGCUGCUGUCUGGUCCCAGCGUCCGUUCUCUGGCUUGGAAGACUUAGAAAAUCACUUUUUUACCUUUAUUGAUGCUCUCCCGAGAUCAGGCCAGGAGGGCAUCCUGCGUUGUCACCCAGAUCUAGCGGGCCGCGAUCUGCAGCAGGGCACGCUCACUGCUGAGUCACAGCGUGAGCAGAGCCAAGCGGGUCUCACUAGCCUUGACACCAACGACCGGCUGCGGCUGCAGCAACUCAACGCACAGUACCGUGAGCGCUUCGGCUUUCCUUUCGUUCUGGCAGCACGCCUGAGUGACCGUGCCACCGUGCCCCGGGAGCUAGCCCGCAGGCUUCACUGCCAGCCGGAAUCCGAGCUGCGCACCGCCCUGGGUGAAGUGAAGAAGAUCAGCCACCUGCGCCUGACAGAUUUGCUGGGUGCCCACUCCGCCAGGGUGGAACUACCGUGAGACUGGGGAUCAGAACGCCAGCAGGAUGCUUCAGAGAGGGGACACCCUGCGCCCGGGACUGGCUUGGGCCUGGAAAGACAAUUCAUACACCCACACAAAGGAAGUGGAGAAUUGAAGCAAUCACACGAGUAAUGCAUCCUUUGUGCACUCAUCCACAUGAGCACGCGUCACCAAAAUAAGUCACUGUUCUAGAGGUUUAGCGCUUUGCCCCUGAUUUAUCCAGAUCGUUGCUUCAAUUCUCCACUCCGUGCCCUGCCUACACUCUAGCCUUGGAAGAUUCCAGAGCUCCCACUGGGCUACUGAUUCUUUUCCGCUUAGUCGGGGAGAAGCGGGGGAACUGGCAGCGGAGGCAAAAGGCACAGGAAGACAGCGGUAGGGGCUUUCUUUCUAUAGUGGUCUUUUAUCUCCCACUUCAUUUGAUUCACCUGAUAUUUACAUGUGAGCAAAAGCGACUUUCUCGCUCUGAGAGCCUAUGGGGGGAAAAAAGUGUGUGCGUGUGUGUGUGUGUGUGUGUGUGUGUGUGUGUGUUUGUGCGCGCGCACGCGUGCCCAAGUUGGAAAGGUUUGAUGGUCAAAAGCCGGUGUCACCCUUGUCCCUCCAGAUGGUCAGCCCUUAGUGGUGGCCUGGAGUGUCCUGACAAGCCAUGCAAUGUUAAAAAUAGCAAUAUUUAUAGGACAGCCCUGAGUGUUGUGGAGCCCAGGGUGAAGACUGUAUCCCAUGGAGCUGAUAAUAUGGGGGUAGGGACGAUGCUUAUAGAAAUCUUUCCAAUAGAACAAGACUUGGGAGCUUGCGAACCUGGCACUCCAGAGUCAGUCAGCUUGCUGUGGCCACUGUAGAAGCAACAUCACCAGCAGGGGGGGGGGACCAUGACCGAAUUCCCCCUCCUUCCCCCAAAGAGGAAGGGAGGGAGGGAGGGAGGGGGAGAGAGAGAGAGAGAGAGAGAGAGAGAGAGAGAAUGAAUGAGUCCCAAGAACACAGUGUUAAGGGCUUCUCUUGGCAAAGAAGCAACAAACCAUAAAUGACUUCCCCAACAUGGACAGAGACAGGUGAGAUGGAAGAGGAGUUGGUUUCCAUAAUGAACAGCAAAAUAAACUCAAAACAAAAACAAACAAAAAAACACCACCACCCUCUUUCCCUUUCCAUAAAGAGCUGUGUCACAGCUUUUGGGCUCUGGGCAUGCAUGACGGUACACAGAUCUAAUCCCCUCCUGGAACACUCAGAAUCGAAGUAAAGUUGCCUGUUGGCUCUUCUGCCGCCUCA